AUGAAAGUCGCCGAAGCCCAACCCUUGAAUUCUCGACAACUGUUGUUGCAGAGCAUAAACUUCAUCAGGAGCAAGCUCCUGGAGGCAGCUCCUUUUGAAAAUGAGCAGAUGGAGCUGAAGUAUCAUGACUACUUUCUCCAGUCUCUGGUGUGUAUAGAGAAUGUAGGUUUGACGGCGAGUAUGGUAGUAACUACUGUGUACCACAUUGGCAUUCUAAGUAUGAGGAACAGCGAAAAGGGCAUCAGCAGCUUCGAUGAUUACUUGUUUGUGCUACGCUUCUUCGUUCUGAUUGGCGUCUGGAUCGGAAUGUUCUUGACUUCGCGCAUGUCACAAAGCCAAAGGAUCUCGUUAGCUAUCCUGCUGAAGCGAGUGCUGUAUGUGAGAUUUUUUGUCUUUAUGACGGAGCUGCUCAUGAUGAAUCCCAACCUUGAGCAUGUGAAAUUGAUUUCGCUCGUCUUGUCCAUGGUGUUCCUUGUGGGUUCAUACUCUUACAGGGAGCUCAUAUUCUUCAAUGAAGCAGAGAUCAUGGCAGGGCAGGUGAAGGAGCUCGAGCGCUUCAUGCGGACAACGAAGAAGCUGCGAGGGAUGCUCGAGCUUGAAGGAAGCGGCAAGGAUGUGUGUGGUCAAGAUGGCAGAGGCCCAGUGCGCAAGGCCAACAGGGACGCGCCCGAGGCAGCCGACCGGAUGCUCUCGGCCGCUGAGGCAGAAAGGAUCAAGACAGAUCAACUUCAAAACCUCCAGUAUCAGAAAAUCCAUCUCAGCAGAGAGUUGCAGGUGUGCUUGAAUUACAAGGGCCAUGCAUUCGAUGACUUGAUAUCUGAAGAAGAUUUUGAAGAAAUGACAACCCCUGAAGAGCGUGGAGGGCCUCGCGGGUCUCACGAGUACGAGCUGAAUCGUUUGAACAAAGAGCACAAUCAGAGGGAAGAGAUGAUCAAGUCUUUGAAACAACAAGAACUUCGCAAGCAAUUGUACGAGGGCAAGCUGACUUCCCAGCGGAAGUUUCUUGACGGAUUGCAAGCUCAUCUCGAUGCGAUCUACAAUGUUGCAGAGCCAGUGAGGAAGGAGUUCAACAAGUCAGCGCCCCUUCCCUCCCUGCACUCGGACUUGGCUGCGACAGCAUCGUUAUUGCCUAGCCCUCUGUACUCGAUAUACUAUCAGGCUCAUUCGUAUGAUGUUGCGUUCGGAGAGGAUGUGAAAGUGAGCAUCGAAGGCGACUUAACUGAGGCUUAUGAAAGCGCAGGCAACUGCUGUUCCUCCUACUCCUGGGACAGAUGGAAAGAAGCGAAGGUUGUGAAAAAGAAGAAUAAUGAUAUGGAGGAAAAUGAAGAAGGAUCCUUGACAAAACCACAUCCGUUGUUCUUGAAGCUCAGAAUUCCCCCGAAGGCAGACGAUUCUCCAUCGGCUGCUCCAACGAUUACUCUUACCUUCUCGUAUUUGACAACGCUACAGAUUGUGGUUGUUCAGCAUGAGCUCAGCUCCAAGGAGAAGGAGCCCUCCUUCCUCCAAGACCUCUUUUCUAACGAUUCAGGAAUCUACUCUCCACUGGUCGCAAACGACUACCUUCCCGGACGACCAUACAAAUGGGCGCAGACUAUAGGAUGCAUGACCUUCCCAGCGAGAGACUCGGGCGACAGCAGCAACAUCAAGGCUCCGUUGCUCCGGGACUCGGGGAUCACCUUCUCUAAGCUCGUGAAAGCGUUGCGAGAACGUUGCUUGGUGUGGACACAGGUGAAACAGAUGAUGCAAGAGCUCGCCAAGAUGAACAACAAGGAUCUGCCAAAAGUUCCUGGUUGCGAAGCCUUGACAGGCUCGGGGGCAGCCCUCCAGGGAUAG